UUGUGUAUGGGUGAGGAGGGCUAACAUGGACUGGGUGGCUCUGUUUUUCCCUCUAACGGUGCUCCUUAGCCGAUGGAUUGUAGUGCCAGCGGCCGAGGAAACAUACUGGACCUACACCGGCUUGGUGGGCCAAUCGCAGUGGUCAACGUACUUUCCGGAGUGUAGUGGCUACUCUCAGUCUCCUAUUGACGUGGUGACGUCUCAGACCAAACACGACCCUACACUGAGCCCGCUGACCCCCCUGGGCUACAGCCAGCACGGCAACCAGCCCUUCUCUCUCUACAACAACGGACAUACAGUGGUGAUCGAGCUGCCGGACUGGAUGGGCCUACGGGGGCUACCCUGGCUAUACACGGCUGCCCAGAUGCACCUCCACUGGGGCAGCGGGGGCCCAGGCCAUGGGGGCAGUGAACACACCAUCGACGGAGAGAGCACAGACGCAGAGCUCCACCUGGUCCACUACAAUUCAGACCUCUACCCCAACAUCUCCACGGCGAUGACCAAGGAGAACGGCUUAGCUGUGUUGGGGAUCCUCAUAGAGACAGGUCCGGAGAACAACCAAGCAUUUGAUAACAUCCUCAACUAUCUGGGACGCGUUAGACACGCAGACCAGAAAGUGUUCAUCCCGGCCUUCAACAUCGAGGCUCUGCUUCCCGGGAACAUGUGGCGGUACUAUCGCUACAAGGGCUCCCUGACCACCCCGCCCUGCGACCAGACCGUCCUCUGGACACUGUUCCAGGAGAGGAUCAGCAUCUCACAGGCCCAGCUGCUGAAGCUGGAGACGUCUCUGUACUCCAGCAGAGAAGAGGAACCAGACAAGAUGCUCCUCCAAGACAACUACCGCUCCACCCAGCCCCCCAACAACAGGGUGGUCCUCACCUCCUUUUCAGAAGGAUCACUCAAGGAUUUGUCCUCUGGUGAGGUCACCGCCAUAGUUGUGGGGGUCAUGUGUGGCUGCGUGGGUCUGGCCGUCAUCAUCCGUUUCAUCGUAAAGACGAUACGAUUUCUCAAACAUUUCCGCAAUGAGAGAGCAGUGAACAGCUCUACCUCUAGCUGGGACGUCCUGCCCAGUAUCCGGCCCACCCCAAUGCCAAGGGCGAACAUGUCGGAGAAGCAGAAUGAACAGAAACAAGACGUUGCUCUCAGUUUGACAUCUGGAGCAGGAGGUCCUAAAGAAGAGCCCUUGUCUUCACUUAAAGCCGAGCCCUGACCAAUCAGGGAUCCCCAACAUCACCGCAACUCGGAGCAGUCUCUUAGGCUUAAGGCAAAAAAGUUUUUGGGCUCCUGUUUCCAUCCCCAUUCACUUUUCUCCACAGUGGCCCGAGGGAAACCAAAAAAAAAUCUGAAAGAUAGACAGGUUGUUUUAAAGAUCGGGGCAUACCUAAAAUAAUAAAUGAGGGAUGAAAUUACUUGGAAAUUUGAUUUUUGUAAAAUAUCUUGCCCUUCAAUGUUACAAAUCAAGUCAGUACAACUUGCAACCAAGGCUUGGAGUCUGGACACAUUGCGGGAUGGGGCAGUCUCUAGAGGAUUUCUUUGUCAUCUUUUACCUUUGUAUCCUGUGGCUGCAGUAUUGCUUGUAAAUUACUUAACAAUUGUUUUCUUCCGCCAUACUUGCCUAAGGACAUUGUUAAAUGAUGCCCCAGUAAAACAAACAGCCUCUGAGGCCAGUGCAUGUUGUUUUCUGUUGUUGGGCUUCCCUUUCUCGUCAAAUGACCAUGAAGAACAUUCAAGCACAGCCGAGUAAGGGAUUUGUAAACCUCACCUCACGUUAUCUCUAGGCCUUAUGUUGUUCUCCAGAAACCCAACUCAAGUAUUUUUGAUUAAAGGUGCUAUAAUUCUGUUUAAAGUGUUAUGCAUAUAAAAAAAAAUUCAAAUGUAAAAUAAGUCAUUGAUGUAGUAUGAUGUCUCUGAGCCUGCUCUGUCUGUACAGGCCUGUAUUUGUAUGACUUCUGUAAAUAGCUCUUAAACCCAUGUGCCACAUUAAAAUACUUGAAA